UGUGUUAAGUCCGCCGGUAGAAGAGAACGUUUAAUCGCCUUAACGCGCUGCUUUGCAAUAUUCAUAGUUAAAAAUGUAUCUCAUUGCCACAGUCUUUACCGCACUUGGUAUAUUUGUCGCGUUAGCGGGUUUAAUCAUUGUAAUACUGCGACAAAAAUCACGUUUGAUAUUUGGCAUAUAUCCACGUAAAGGAUUAUUCUAUCAUUUUAAAUAUAGAAUAGCACUUCUGGUACUUAAGUAUUUACGUCAAAAAUUUUAUUAUAAGAACGAAGAGAAAUACAAUACACCUAACUUUUUGGAGAAAUUAGAUAAACCACAGUCACUUUCCGAUAAUCCAAAAAGUUAUGAUGUCGUCUCGUUUAUGGGUGCAAAUGUAAAAGGUGAGAAACUGAUGAUUACAAUGGAACGUCGACGUCGUGGAGUUUUGAAAGCAUGCAUUUAUAUUUGGCUACCAGGAAAGGGUUUGCUAUGUUCACCAAACUUGCCCGAUAUGGUUUACUUUACCACAGACGGUCAAAAAGAUAAUGUAGAGUUUCGUGGUAGCGGUUUACAUAUUUAUCCAGAACAGUGCAUGCGUGUCUGGCGGGUCUGCUAUGAAGGUGAACUAAAACAAGUCGAUGCUAAGGAACUUUUGAAGGUGAAAUUGAAUUUGAAAUUCUCAUCAAGUUCAGCACAUUUUGAUUACAACAGAGACUUAAGCGCUUCAGUAAUAGCGGAUUCCGUUGCACGUGAAGCUUGGAACGAUGCAUUUUUCAAUAUGUUAAGAACGGUUGAUCAACAUUUAGAGAAACGUAUGCAUUACGAACAAAAUGGCACUAUUGAAGGUGAAAUUUCAUUAAACGAACAGAAACUUAAUUUACAAAUGAAAGGUUUUCGUGAUCAUUCCUUUGGCACUGAACGUUGUCUUUCCACUAUUAAUCGCUAUGUGUACUUUGCGCUGUUCCUGGAAGAUGGUACUAAUAUGGUUAUUGGUAAUCUCAGUCAGCCUUCAUUCUUUCUUUCAUCCUUAAAAGUGGGUUAUGUUUGUGAUAAAGAAGGAGUUUACAAUCCUAUCACUAGCUGUAACUUUGAGUUAUACACUUAUGGUGAGAAGGGCACACCACCUCAGCAUCAAAACUUUAUUGUACAUACCGCAGAGCAUAAAUACUUUGUACAAAUCAAAGAGGAGGAGACUGCAGUGCGUUAUAAUGGCGGAGACUGGGAAUCAAAAGUUUUUAAUCAAUUUAUUUCUUGUUCAGUUAACGGUAUACAAGGACAUGGACUUACUGAGUACCUUUACCGCAAUACUAGUGGUCGUCCAAGAUCUAUUAGUUGCAAUGAUCCAGAAUGGUAUCAGAAAGCACGUCAAUAUGAACGUGGUCUGAGUACUGGCGAAUACAACGAUGACAACGAAGUUUUUAUAUUUUAAGUCUUUUUCAUAUAGAGAAAUAAUUUUAUUAAAAUAUUGACUGAAUAGUGUUUUUAGAUAUUUAGGUCUAAGUUUUUUAUUAAAUA